ACCCCACCCACCUCCUCUCUCUCUCCUCCAUUCUCGUCAACAAUUUCCACAAGAACAUUCCUACCUUCCAUUUCUAUUUUCUACCAGUGCCUUCCAUUUUAGUUUUCUUCAAACAAGAAGAAGAAUCUCAUACGAUUCUAGCUCAACUCAUGUGUGGCGGCGCAAUAGUAGCUUCACUCAUCCAUGGCAGCGGUGACCGCCGUGUCUCCGGCUUUGACCUCUGGCGCAACUCCUCAUUCACCAACAAAUUCACCCCCCCAAAAGAUCAACAAACCACCCGCAAGCGAGCUCCACCCUCUGCCGGGGAGGAGCAUGGCGAAAACACUGUAAAGAGGCAACGCAAGAACCUGUACAGGGGAAUCAGGCAGCGUCCGUGGGGAAAAUGGGCGGCUGAGAUUCGUGAUCCGAGAAAAGGCGCAAGGGUUUGGCUCGGUACAUUCAACACAGCUGAAGAAGCCGCCAGAGCCUACGACAGAGAAGCUCGAAAAAUCAGAGGGAAGAAAGCCAAAGUUAAUUUCCCAAACGAAGACAUAAAUUACAUUCUUCCUCCCGAUCCUCCUCCUUCGUUCCAGGCCUACAACGGAUUGGGUGAUAAUUUAAAUCAAUUUGGGGAGUACAACUCUCAUGGGUUUGUAAACGACCCUGUUACGGUUCUUAACAGUGAAGGAAUUUGCCGGUCUGGGUCAGAAAGUGCUUACUCUUGUAUUAGCAAUCAUAAUGGAACCGAUGAUUGUUUAGGAGAGGUGAAGGUGGAGGAAGAGGAAGAGGAAGAGGUGACAGAAGAAAAGGUUGAGGAGAGAGAAGAGGAAGAGGUGACAGAAGAAAAGGUUGAGGGGAGAGAAAAGGAAGAGAACGAGGUGCAGAAGCUGUCGGAGGAGCUGAUGGCUUACGAGUCGUUCAUGAAAUUCUAUCAGAUUCCGUACCUCGACGGGGAGUCGGCGGCUGCGCCGAGCAAUACGGUGCAGGAGAGCCUCGUCAGCUCUGGUCCUGUGGAGCUCUGGAGCUUCGAUGAUGAUACUGGUGCGGUGGCCUGAAAAUUGGAAAUGCCUUUUUUCUUGAAGUUUUGUUUUUUAAUGAAUUUCUGUUUGUUCUUAAUUUUUACUAGUACUAGAUAAUUGUUUUUUUUGUUUUUUUUUUGUGGUAACUUGUAGUAGUAGUAAUUUAAGAUGUAAAUUUGGUUUAAGUUAGUUGAAUAAUACAGGAUUCAUUAAUUA